AUGGAGGCCACAGACGAAUCUAGGUCUGAAACCGCUAACUUUUCGCUUGAUGAUGAUGUUAGUCUUGGCAAUAUCACUCCAAUGCCUAAGCAUGUCUUUCUUAAUACCUUACCCGGUCACUUGGCCCCAUUUCAGACUAUUCCACGUAGUCGAUAUGAUACAGAUCGCACUAAACAAGAAUUCUACGGUCAGGAAUCCAGCCUUAAUAGCUUUAUCACUACCCAUUGUCGAGGUCAUAAUAGUAAUAGUGGCGCAAACGACAAUCGACGACAGCGAAGCCCAAGUUUGCAGGAGGUUCAAUCUGUUAACAAUAGCAAUGACGGCGUAUUAAAACGCAAUCAAUGUUCCGUGUGCACUCGAGUCCUCGCCAAUCCCGCUAGUCUCAAGCAACACAUGCGGUUACAUUUAGGAGAGAAGCCUUUCAAGUGCCGUUACUGUGACAAAACCUCUGCUACGAUGUGCAAUAUCCUCACGCACGAACGAACUCACACAAAUGAACGACCUUAUAAGUGCCUUGUAUGUGGGGCAGAUUUCAGCUCUUCCAGUAAUCUAAAGACCCAUAUGCGAAUACACUCAGGAGAUCGGCCGUUUCGCUGCAAUAUCUGUGAUAGGAGAUUUGUCACCUCAAAUGCACUGACUACACAUUUAAGAGUCCAUUGGGGUUUAAGGCUGCAUCCUUGUCCCCUGUGUGAUAGGCAGUUCUCCACAUCCAGUAAUCUUCGUGUUCAUCAUAGAACGGUGCACUUGGGAAUCAAACAGUACCAGUGCUCAGUGUGUGGUAGGGCUUUUGCAACGAGCAGCAAUUUGAAUGCUCAUUCACGUCAACACCCCGAAUCGGCCUACAUUGUCAAGUAUUCACCCCCCUCUCCAUCCACUUCUACCACCAUCCUCCCUCAAUCCCAUCCAGCACAGUCCCUCUCCUCCUAUCCCACCGUUUCCAUGACGAGGACUAAUGCCAGCACCAGCAGCAAUAUUGAUAUCGAAUCUACACCUUCCAAUCACCAACCAAUAUUAAUUACACCAGCUAUUCAACAUCAAGGAGUGACAAUAAUGGCUCCUGUGGAGGUCAACGUAUCAUUACCCGAGGAACAAGAUGAAAGUAAUUCAGUAGUUGGCCUUCUCACCUCAACACCAACGACCAGUUACAACUCCACACCCUCUCUCAUCCCUGUGGCUCUGAGUCCAAGUCCCGCCGUUCGGAAGUUGGCCAAGGUGUCUGUUUAUUGCCCAAGUGAUGUUGAGACAGCUCCCUCCUCAUUUCAACAACAACAGUCCGUGAAGAUCCCUCCUGAUGAAUCCAUUUAG